GAUGCGACAUUUUGAAUAGCAACAAAAAGCCCCCCUACUACAUAAAGGUAGAACCUCGUGUACUAAACUUAAAAGGGCAGAGUUUACCGUUUUCAGUGUUUUAUUUCUGGGUACUCCGUCUAGAUAACAAGAAAACAUGACGACUGUUGGAAUUGUAUUUGCACAUUGUCUGGUUUUUGCGGUUGUUUCAGCAGCCACACAAGACUGGAACACAUACCAGCCAAUGAGUCACUGUACUACACUGGACGAACACGGUUGUUACUCAUGCAAAAUGUGUCUAACUAAGGUUGCCGCACCAUCUUGUGCGACAGCAGCACCGACCCCUGCAGUCAAAAUAAUACACGAGCCAUGUGAUUGUGGUAAACACCAAACUACCACGAUACCUACAACAACCACUGAACCGACGACGACGACUUCAACAACGACACAACCGACUACUACCACAACAAAGGCUAAAACACCGAAAGCCCAGCCUACUACCACUACAACAAAAGCCACCACCACCACAACAACAACUGCUAGAGCUACAUCAACAGCUGCUCAGUCAGGUAGUCAAAGUAAAUCACAAAGUGGAAAUCAGUCGGGGGCGAAUAACUCCACUUAUACCUGGAGUAAAGGGCCACUGAUAGAAUAUGAGUCAUCAACAACUGUAACAACUGAAGGAGAUAAAGAGACAACUGUGACUACCAAUAUUACAAAGGCUGAUGGCGUUGAGGUCAACAGGACUAUUGACACAACAGUUACAAACCAUGGGCAUGUUGUUAGUCAUAACACGAAAGUUGUCGAUGGGAACAAGAGCGCUGGUGCCUGGCACGGUGGUCACAACAGCUCCUCCUCCUCAUACGGGGGAAAUAACUCUUCAAGUACAACUUCCACACAUUCCAGCAAUCAGUCUGGUUCCUCUGGUCACAAUAGCACAGCUGGUUCCGGUGGGCAUCAUGGCGGUCAUUCUGGACAUGCAAAUAGUAGUUCAAAGUCGAGUUCCUCUUCAUCAAGUAGCACAAACCAGUCAUCCUCGUCAGGAUCUACAGCGGCCAAUCAAACUUCAGGAUCGUCAGGCAGCGGACACAAUGGUACUAGUGGUUCAGGACAUUCCGGUUCAAAUAGCUCAGGAUCGAACUCGUCAAGUUCAACUUCCCAUUCAUCUUCCUCCUCGUCACAAAGUGGAAAAUCUUCUUCCAAUAAUUCAGGUUCCGGUAUGAGCAGCACGGCAGCCAGCACAGCAGCAUCUACAGCAGCAAGUACCGCCGGUCACAAACAACACACCACCAAACAGCCGGGUACCACGGCAAAAUCUUCCAGUCAUAAUUCCGGAAGUCAUUCAGGCAGCUCUCAUCAAUCCGGUAGCCAUUCAAGUAACCAGUCCGGAAGUAGCUCUGCGUCUGCGCAAACAACAGAGAAAACUCAGCAUCAUAACCACCACCACCGUACAACCAAGGCAGCUGUUAAAGCCGCAACUACACAUAAGCCGAUAACACACAAGCCAACGACCACACACAAGCCAACCACUACACACAAACCAACCACUACACAUAAACCUACAACUACACACAAGCCAACAACAUCCACCACCACCACACAAAAGCCAACUACUACACACAAACCAACAACAACGACAAAGGCAACAACAACAACAAAACCAACAACAACCACAGCAGCCAAAACCACAGAGAAAUCAAGCUCCUCCCAUUCUUCCCAUCUAAGCUCAUCCCAUCAGUCUGGUUCCCAUUCUUCUUCAAGUGGAAGUUCAAGCUCUCAUCAGUCUGGUUCCUCUUCCUCACAACAAUCUGGGCAACAGUCGGCAUCAAAUAAGACGAGCUCCAAUCAACACAUGACUAAACCUACGGCGCCACCACACAUGACCCAACCAACGGCGCCACCACACAUGACCAAACCAACGGCGCCACCACACAUGACAAAACCAACAGCACCGCCACAUAUGACCAAACCAACGGCGCCACCACACAUGACAAGGCCAACAGCCCCAAGAAUGACAAAGCCAACUGUAUUGUCCGUGUCCAGUACACCAGCACCACAAACUACAACAAUUGCACAAGGACCGACAACGACAUGGAAUGGAAUAUGCCCAGAUUUUCCGGCAGACUGUCCAGCAGCUAACGGAUGUGCAACAUUUGAUGAGAACUGGUGUCCGAUCUGUGUAUGCCCUACUGGUAAAAAAUAGAUCUUCAACAAAUAUAUCCACAGCAACAGAUGUAAUCUCCUGACAAUUAUGUGUUCAAAUUAUGUUAAUAAAUAUAUGUGCAUCGAUAAA